AUGCUGCCCGUGUCUGCCCUCGGGCUCGGUUCCGGCUGGGGGGCCGCGCGGUCGCAGCCCCCGGUGCUCCAGGUGUCCUCUGUGCCUCGCUGGGGCCCCGCUGGCAGCGCGGAGGGGGGGGCAGCGCGCUCCGAGCCUUGGGCACAAGAAGGUGAUGCUGGAGAUGCUGGAAUUGGCUUGCGUGCUUUGAGGGUUCUUGCUAGUGUGGUUGUGCGGCCCAAGAAUUUGUCUACAGGGAUUGUUUACUGGAGGAGAAUUGCAACAUGUCAGAAUGUAAUUCCUGAAAUCUUAAGAAAGGUCACUGUCUUAAAAGUGCCUGACAUCUACUUAGAAGAGGAAUCUUGGCUUGAUAUGCAGAAAAGAAAUAUGUUUAUGAAAACUCAUUGUGUUACGUGGACACAGUAUGUGUCUGUAAGUGAGGACUCUGUCUUCAGGCAGAGCUUGGAAAAUCCAAAUUGGACAGACUUCACACAAAAAGGCAGAGUAUCAGUUACAGGGGCAGGUUUGUUCAAUUGUGUAUUGGAGGCUUUUGCUCAAUCAUUUCUAAAAUAAGGUGUGAAGAAGGGCAUUAAAAUAAUGGAGACAGUUCUUCAGGAGCAGUGUGGGCAGUCAUUCUAAUGAACGAUUGCGAAAAUGUAUCUAUCUGGCGUUUCACUGGCACAGUAUAUCUUUAUUGCCAUCAGAAUUUCAACUGAUAUUAUC